AUGGAGCAUGACUCUGCCAUGAGAGGCCAAAUAUCGACAGGCCAUAUGUCUAAGGAGCUGUUCAUGCUGUCGUUGGACGGUGGUGGUGUACGCGGGCUGUCAUCACUCCUCAUACUUCAGAGUCUCAUGGAGCGCCUCAAUCGGCAAAACCCACCCAAGCCGUGCGACUGUUUCGAUCUCAUAGGCGGCACGUCCACCGGUGGUCUGAUAGCUAUCAUGCUUGGGCGACUCAGGAUGUCGGCGCAGGAAGCGAUAACAGCGUACACUGAGCUAUCGAAGCCUGUUUUCACCCAGCAGAGGCACCGCUUGGGUCUUCGAGGUGGCUUGCAGGGCCGUUACGACUCCCAGGCUCUGGAGCAAGGCGUCAAGGCCAUGCUGUGGUCGCAAGGAUACGACGAUGAAACGCUUUUGAAAGACUCCUCUGGUUCACCUUGCAAUGUAUUCGUGACUGCAACGAGCAAAGCCCACAAGAAGACCGUGGUCUUCUCCAGCUACUUUUCAGACCGUCGACUUGGCGACAGGCUGGACGAGGUCAAGAUCUGGGAGGCCGCGCGAGCAACCUCAGCAGCUACCACGUUCUUCGACCCAAUUCGGAUAUGCGGCGAGGAUUUUGUAGAUGGAGCUACUGGUGCCAACAACCCUUUGCCGACUUUGCUGACAGAGGCAAGCGACAUGUGGCUGGACGAUGACGAUGUAACCAUGAACCUGGAUGCACACAUAAGCUGUCUGGUAUCAAUUGGCACUGGCUUGCCGUCCAUGACGAAAUUCAAUGACCGCGCCACGGGUAUCAUGCAGACCUUGGCUGAUAUUGCAACGGACUGCGAGAAAGCAGCGGAAGACUUCCAACGACACCACCCGCUCAUGUUAAAAAGCGGUCGCUUCUUCCGCUUCAACGUCGACCAAGGGUUGGAAAAUGUGGGCCUGGAGGAGUGGAAACGAUUAGAUGACAUUGGGGCGGUUACCCGCAACUACCUUCAACUGGAAAGGGUGCGUAUGGGCAUCAACAAGUGCUCAAAACUGCUCAAAGAAAGGGACAGUUCUGUCCGAGUCCUCCGCUCUCUUCGCAAAAUGUAUCUUGAUUUUCAGCAUGAUCUGCCAACGGAAGAGACCAUAGACGCGGCUGCUGAGUCUCCUCAUUGGAUCAAAUAUACGAACCGUUACUCUGCCUGGGCCGCCGGCGCUGAGGUCCCGAUGGCGCUCUACUGUGUUAUUGGCGAACCCACGGCCUCCCAGCAGCAACUGCCACAAUCACUGGGCUGGAAACAAAUUUUGCCAAUUUUGCAAACGAUAUGGCAGGACAAGAAAAAGGGCAUGCCGGAUCCCAAUCCAGGCUCAAGACACUCACAACAAGGAUCAUUUCCACUGUUAUAUUGCUGGCCGUCAGACACGGCACACUACGAUCUUCCAUGCAUCGAGAACCUCUCCGACGCUGUCUCAGGGAUACUUUGGAAUUUAGCAGCUCAGCUGCUGUUCUCGCUGCCAAAAGGUCGCGGCGUUGGCGUGGUGCCAAUCACUUCGAAUGCCAGUGGAUCCGCCAAAAGUUCGUGGGCCGUUAUACGUGAUCACAUUCAACAGAUCCCCAAUGUGUCGUGGGGCACUGUUGUGAUCAGGUCGGCCUCUCCAUUGCCAACAAGCGAUGUUAGGGCACUCAAAACAACGUGCCUGGGCUUCGAGUGCAUCGAAAUGGUUCUGUUUCUAGGUGGCAGUCUCCCAUUCAGCGAUGCGAGCUCCCGGAUGGGCAUUCCCGUAGUAACUGAACGAACAGAGUACGAAGGUAAGUUAAAACGAUGUGCUCAAGACUUGCGCCUGCUGAUUCCAGUAGAGUGCAAGGAGAGCCUGAAAUUCGGCAGUGUGCAUACUAGGCGCAAGGAAGUAAAAGCAGCUUUGGGCAACACCAUGCGAUGGUACAGAGAACACACCAACUUUCGCAGAUGGCUAGAAGCGCCUGCGAGCAUUCUCUGGAUCCAAGGGAAACCAGGCAGUGGCAAGUCUGUACUUGCCAAGCGUAUCCUUGCCGAAAUAUUGGAAUCCCAACAAGAGCAAGACGAUACCGCGAGAGCUCUUGUUGCAGACUGGUUUUACAGCAUUCGUGGUGGCCCCGAAGGAAUGUCCCAUGUCUUGAUGCUCCGGUCUCUACUGUACGAAAUGUUGUGCCAAAAACCUGAAACCUACGAGAGCUUCAAGGCCCUCUACCGAAGAAGGAGGCGAUACACACCAGCUUGGGAAUGGUCAGCCGAAGACCUUGUUGUUCUUUUCGAGAAAGUAGUCUGCUUGCCGGAAGGUCCGCCGAUUACCGUGGUUUUAGAUGGACUGGACGAGUCCCAGGACGGCGACAAACAAAUCGAGCGCGGUCCGAAAAUCAUCGACCUACUGAUUAGAAUGGUCCGAAUGGAGGACUCCCGCCUCAAAAUCAUUGUGCUGAGCCUCCCACACCCUUGGAUCGAAAAGAAGCUUCGAAGAUUUCACAAUAUCACCAUGCAGAAGGAGAAUGCGGGCGACAUCACCGAAAUCAUCACAAGUAGAUUAGAUGUUCUGGAACGACAUAUGGAGAUUGGUGAUUCUAGCGAUGAAGACGAUACCGACGGUGACUUCUCGCCUGAAGCGCCAAACGUCGAUCUGUUCAGGCGUACUGUUGUACCUUCCAGUAGUGGCAGUCAGCAAGAGUUGGCGGACCUUAUGGCAGAAAUUCACCACUCUCUACUGCACCGGGCCGAUGGCGUCGUACUGUGGGUCAUACUCGUCCUACAGCAAUUACUGAACCUCACAAAAGGACCCUUCACCUUCAGGGACUUGAGGGCUAAACUCUAUGGACUUCCUUCUGAGCUGGACGAACUGUACGAACGACUAGUGGAGGACAUCUUGAAAAGUCACGCCGGGAACCCGACCAGUAUCAAGCGUUCCCAAUUGAUAUUGACCUGGGUCAUUGGAACGAGCGACUCCAGGCAAUUGACUCUGCAGGAGCUGCUAGAGGCCAUCGCGAUUCCGGAAGACCUCGAAUCGGCAUUGCUCUCAGAACGAAAUCCCAUCGCAGAAGAACGACUACGGUGUCCCUCAUGGAGCAGCGUUAGGCAACAUAUUUACUACCUAUGUGGGCCAUUCGUAGAGGUGCAGUCUCAGACUUCUCGCCAACAGCUUGGGAGUGAAGGAGCCUUUCAGGACGGGGCCAUUACCGAUGAGACUGAUCGAGUGAUCUUGCUGCAUCAGACGGCCAGAGAUUUUCUCUCCAGCAGGGACAGAGCAAAAGACUUGUACGUGAACCUGAGAACAGCGCGAGCAUUCGUAAACGAAGCGAUACUGCGAUAUAUUGACGUCGUCCUCCCACGACAAUCUCGUCCUUGGGCUCAAUCAUGGCCGCUAUCACGACCACGAUGUUGGGAACAGGCUCCCGCGGCCGUCGACUAUGUGGACCAGUUCGUUCUGCUUCCUUAUAUCUGGGAGCGCUACGACACCCUGGGGGUAGUUGAAAGGUUGGAGUCAAGUUUGCUGCCUCGUGUGUACAAUCGCAUGGACAUACUGACCCUGCUUCGCAUCAAGGACUCAGAGAAUGAUUUCUGGGCUCACUCGUUGAAUGUCAGUGAGCACCUGAGAGCAGCCAGCAGAACUUGGAAGGAGAUAGAAGGGUACGUGAGGCACCACGGCCCCCGAUUGACUGAAAGUACCUUUGUGUUUCUUCUACACUGCGUCUUGCAUUGCUCGCAGAAGGCACGGACGCUAUACUGGCUGCACAUAUCUCAGCGCCUCGUGCAACUAAAAUGGUCAGUCUGGUUUACCGAGUUGGGAAUCGAGCAGCUUGCUGCUGGUAUGGUCAGGUUUCGAGAACCGCCAGGAAUGACUUUUGCUCUGACCAGGAGAGCCAAGGGAACCUCCCCGUUGGACCCCUUUGCGCUCCGCGUCCAGAUCCAUCCACCAGUCAUUGUGGAGCAUAUAGCCAAAGCGACGUCAGUGGUCAUGGAACUUACCACGCUCAUCCGCAAACGUUUAGCACCGGAAGCUAUGGCGUCCAUCACAGGCGCCCUCGACGAAGGCCGUGCUGCUGUGUUGCGACCGGCGUGGACUCGGGACGCGGACCUUCACGUGUCCUAUCGGUUCUCCGUUGAUUUGUCAAAUAUAGAUGAAGCUGCAGGCUGGAUGGACUCGGACAACGAGCAGACGGCCGAACAGCGUCAUUCGACCUUCUCUAUGCAGCCGUGGUGA